UCCCCGGGACCGGCCAUGCUGCGCCUGGGACCGCUCGUAGUCACCGGGCGGCUGCUGCCCGUGGGCCCCGCCGGGGGCCGAGUGAGCCUCUCCCGGUCGCGGUCCUGGCUGUCCCGUCCGACAGGGCCGGUCGGUGACCGCGGCCUCUUCUACCGGCAGGUGCGGGCGGCAGCGGGCUCUGCUGGUGGCGGCAGCCGGUGCCUGGCUCUAAAGACGCCCAAGGGCACCCGCGACCACCCCCCCGCCCACGUGGCGCUCCGCGACCGGCUCCUCGCCGCCGUGGUGGCCUGCUUCAAGCGGCACGGCGCGGCCGCCAUCGACACCCCCGUGCUGGAGUUACGGGAGACGCUGACGGGGAAGUACGGGGAGGGCGCGCGGCUCAUCUAUGAGCUGCAGGACCAGGGAGGGGAGCUGCUGGCCCUGCGCUACGACCUGACUGUGCCCUUCGCUCGCUAUUUGGCAAUGAACAAGAUCACCAACAUGAAGCGCUACCACGUCGCUAAGGUCUACAGGCGGGACAACCCGGCCACAACCAGGGGCCGCUACAGGGAGUUCUACCAGUGCGAUUUUGACAUCGCCGGGCAGUUCGACCCGAUGAUUCCCGAUGCCGAGUGCCUGAAGAUCGUGCACGAGAUCCUGAGUGACCUGCAGCUCGGGGACUUUCUCAUUAAGGUCAAUGACCGACGGAUUCUGAACGGUGUGUUUGCUGUCUGCAACAUCCCAGAGAGCAAGUUCAUAACUACGUGCUCCACUGUGGACAAGCUGGACAAGAUGCCGUGGGAAGAAGUGAGGAGGGAGAUGGUAGGAGAGAAGGGGCUUUCUCCCGAGGCUGCGGAUCGCAUCGGGGAGUAUGUCCAGCUUCACGGUGGCCUGGACCUGAUCGAGCGGCUUCUCCAGGACCCAAAGCUGUCCCAGAACAAGCUGGCCAAGGAGGGUCUGGGGGACAUGAAGCUGCUGUUUGAGUACCUGACGCUGUUUGGCAUCGCAGGGAAGAUCUCUUUUGACCUGAGCCUGGCGCGGGGUCUGGACUAUUACACGGGGGUGAUCUUUGAGGCUGUCCUGCUGCAGCAGGAGAACGACCACGUGGAGGAGCCAGUCAGUGUUGGGAGCGUGGCUGGAGGCGGUCGCUAUGACGGACUGGUGGGGAUGUUUGAUCCCAAGGGACGGAAGGUGCCCUGCGUGGGGGUCAGCAUUGGGAUCGAGCGGAUCUUCUCCAUCCUGGAGCAGAGAGUGAAGGCUUCUGGGGAGAAGGUUCGAACGACUGAGACACAAGUGCUGGUGGCUACGCCUCAGAAACACUUACUUGCUGCGAGACUGAAGCUCAUCUCCGAGCUGUGGGAUGCAGGGAUCAAGGCAGAGAUGCUGUACAAGAAGGAUCCUAAACUGCUGAAGCAGCUGCAGUAUUGUGAGGACAUGGGGAUCCCCUUUGCUGCCAUUGUAGGAGAGCAAGAGCUGACAGAUGGAGUCGUCAAGCUGCGAGAUGUCGCAAUGAGACAGGAGGUUGACAUCCCAAGAGAAAAGCUUGUUGAUGAGAUCAGAAGAAGGCUGGAGCCCUAGGACUUUUCAGUCAAGCACCUCUGGCCAGAACUGCUGUACAACUGGAACCUCUGAAGGACGAGUCAAGCUUGAGGGUUCCUAAUAUUGCCGUUGUACAGCCAUUUCUAUCCGCUGUAGCCAGCUGUGGUGGUGGCGCAGGCACGGAUGGCUGUGGUGCAGCUCAGGCAGGAUCAGGCUGAGCUCUGGAGUGGGGGGGUGGGAUCUGUGGUGUGUUAGGCCCCCACAGGCUCAGGACCUAGGGAGAGGGUGGCAGUGGAGGGUGCCAUCCCCACCCCUCUGAGGGCUGCAAGGGUCAGUCCUAGCCUGCAGCUGGGCUCUGCCGUCGAGUAUGGGGUCAGGCGCGCUCGGGGCUGCUGGCUGGGGAGCCUGGCCUGUGAGGAGCGUGGGCCCUCCUGAGGGACGCAACAGGGGUCUGGUGCAGCUGCACAGGCAGGCUCCGGCUGGGGUGAGUGUGGAGGAAGUCUGUAUUUUUCUAUAUUAAAAAAAAAAAAAGGCAAAACACAAAAAA